AUCCAACAUCAUGGCCAUGCUCAGAGUCUCUUCUUACCGCAAAAUGUUUGAGGACGACAGGUGGAGUCGAAGUGGAGGGUUGAGUGCGGCGUGUGCAGGACAGUACCGGGCCUCUGUCAGAGGUGCAGCUUCAGACAGGUGUGGUUGCGAGCAGUUGAACUUCGAAGCUGCCGAGGCUCUGAACAAAGAGGGUUUGCAGCGGUUUGUCCAGGAGCGCACCUCUAUAGCUGCCCUCAACGACCGCCUGGUUAAACUCAUUGAACUGGCCCAUCGUUUGGAAGAGGAGAACGAUUGUCUGGAACGUCAGAUCGCAGAGGAGAAGUUGAACAGUAUUUCCUUCAGCAUCACCUCGGCUGCAGAGAAACCUGACUACAGUUUGGAAGCAGUGGUGGGAAAACUGCGUAAACAGAAGGAUGAGAUUCUUCUGGACACAAAGGAACUAAAAGAAGAGCUUGAACAUUUGUUGAGAGAGUAUGAGAAGGCCGCACAUCAAAGGAUCCUCAUCCAGCAGGAUCAGCAAGAUGUUUCAGAGGAAGUGGAUGCUGAGACAGCAGAGUGCUUGGCUCUGAGGGAGCAAGUUGGUAUCUAUGAGGAACAGCUGGCCAACAUGGAGGCCCAGCACAAGUUGGAAGUGGAAGGUCUGCUGAGGCCAGAUGAAAGAGCUCUGAAGGUAGCGGCGAUUAGAUUUGGCAGCCCUGACAUCACUCCGGCCUUGGAUGUAAAGGAGUACUACUGCCAGCUGGCUGAGAGCCUCCAGUUCGAGUGCGAUGCAUCCUCCUCUGCUGCGAUGCGUAAAAGUGAUGGAAAGAAACUGGAAGUGGGAGGAAUUGCAGGGUCAAAGGUCAAAGACCUGCCGGAGAUGAAUGACGCGAGUGAGAUGAACGCAGUGAUUUCGGGGCUGCAAAACGAGCUCUCCGAGCUCGAGAAGUGUAAUCAGGAACUGGAAGACGAGGUUGAGACUAAGAUGGCUGUGUACGAGGGUGAAGUUGAAGAGUUGGAGUGCGCUGUAGAUGAAAUCAAGCAGCAGGAGGCUGAUCUCAAGGCUCAGAUGAAGGAGCAGUGUGAGGCGAACAAGACACUGCUCAGUGAGAGGAUGGCGAGAGACAUGGAGAUUGCUGCUUACAGGUGA